UAACGCAAUUUGUUACUCUCAGAGGACAUUUUCAAUGAACGUGACGAACACAACAGAACGUAUAGAAGACGUCACUUAUGUAUCCCCUACGAAGAUACUUAUAAACGUGUGUCUGUGGGACGAAGAAAAGAUGCACUUGGAAGCGAUGUUCUGGAUCUAUUUGAUAGGAAUGUUCGCGCAACCUUUGACUCUGAUGUCAGUUGCAUACAUUGGAAUAGCGCAUAGUUUGUGGAUUCGCUCCCCUGUUUUGGACAUGGGUCCUAAUAUAAACCCCAUUGCGAACGAACAUAGAUUGAGGCAGAAGAAACGUAUAGUUCUGAUGAUGAUACUCGUUGUUAUAUUCUUUGUUGUAUGUUGGCUGCCAAUAAUGCUCUUUAAUUUGAUAUCACUUAAAAUAGGACUUAAACUGAAUACAAAGUGGUUAACAGUAAGGCAUUUUCUACAGUGUCUUUCGAUGAUGAGCACAUGUGUGAACCCUAUCAUAUACACUUUCUUACAUGAUAGGUUCAGAAAAAGUUUUGUUGCCGUCGCAAAAUGCCGAUCAGAGCGAAUUGCGCCAUCUGUUACAAAGUCGAACGAUACAAGUAAUAGAAUCGAGAGGAGGGGUGUUGAAAGGAGGGCUACGAUACCCGGUGUCUCCGCACUGCAGCCACGCCCGAAUGAGCACGACAUUAUAGCUCUAACUAAAACGCGUAGAAUAAACUCAAAUGAGUAAUUUGAACCAACUGAGUCUCCAAAUUGACAAUGAAAGUUUACGUGGAGAGGGGCAUGUUUAGUUUCCGAAAAUGGUUUUACUUCAUUUAGAGAAGUAAGUUAGUUGGGGGCCUAAAAUUACACCGC